CCUAGGAUUCACUUUCAUGCAGAUCAUGAUAGAUCGACAGGUGAAGGUGUUCAGCCACAAGAGUAUGUUUUAAUCAAAAUGGAGGCAGUUCCUCCUUUCCCUUCGCAGUUGAAGGUCUUGGAAGGUAGAAAGGUGUACUUGGCAGCUGCUACUUUGAGACCUGAGACGAUGUACGGGCAAACAAACUGUUGGGUACUGCCAGAUGGGAAGUAUGGAGCCUUUGAGAUUAAUGAGACUGAUGUUUUCAUUAUCACGCAGAGGGCUGCACUUAACCUGGCAUAUCAGAAACUAUCAAGGGUUCCAGAGAAGCCAACUUGCUUGCUUGAGCUGACAGGUCAUGAUCUCAUUGGUUUGCCCUUGAAGUCACCUCUUGCUUUCAAUGAAGCCAUAUACUCACUUCCCAUGCUUACUAUCUUGACGGAUAAGGGAACAGGAAUUGUGACCAGUGUGCCCAGUGAUUCACCCGAUGACUAUAUGGCAUUGCAAGAUUUGAAGUCAAAACCAGCUUUAAGAUCAAAGUUUGGGGUAAAGGAUGAGUGGGUCUUUCCUUUUGAGGUUAUGCCAAUCAUUAAUAUUCCAGAGUUUGGAGAUAUCUGUGCAGAGAAAGUGUGUACUGAUCUCAAGAUUAAGAGUCAGAAUGACAAAGAUAAGUUUGCAGAGGCAAAAAGGUUGACCUAUUUGAAAGGCUUAACUGAUGGUACAAUGCUGGUAGGGGAGUUUAGUGGGAAUAAAGUUCAGGAAGCAAAGCCUUUGAUAAGGAACAAACUUUUGGAGAGCGGCAAGGCAGUACUGUACAGUGAGCCUGAGAAGAAAGUUAUGUCAAGAUCAGGUGAUGAGUGUGUCGUUGCACUUACAGAUCAGUGGUAUAUUACUUACGGUGAGGUGGAAUGGAAGAAAAAAGCAGAGGACUGUUUUACCAACAUGAAGCUAUAUAGUGAAGAAACACGGCACGGUUUUGAGCAUACAUUGAGCUGGCUGAACCAGUGGGCAUGCUCACGGUCAUUCGGACUUGGCACCCGUAUUCCAUGGGAUGAGCAGUUUCUUGUUGAAUCACUUUCUGAUUCAACCCUUUACAUGGCAUACUAUACCAUAGCUCAUAUUUUGCAAAGUGGUGAUAUUUAUGGGUCGGAUACUUCUUCGGUAAAGCCAGAACAAAUGACAGAUGAAGUGUGGGACUAUGUCUUUGGUGGAGGGCCCGUCCCCAAAACAGACAUUCCUUCGUCUCUCCUUAACAAAAUGAAGCAGGAGUUUGACUAUUGGUAUCCAUUUGAUCUCCGUGUAUCUGGCAAGGAUCUUAUACAAAACCACCUUACAUUUUGCAUCUAUAACCACACUGCUCUUCUGCCAAAACAUCAGUGGCCUCGUGGUUUUCGAUGCAACGGGCAUCUUAUGCUGAAUUCUGAGAAGAUGUCCAAAUCCACUGGAAACUUUCGAACCAUGCGCCAGGCCAUAGAGGAAUUCUCCUCUGAUGCCACUAGAUUUGCUCUUGCAGAUGCUGGGGUUGGAAUGGAUGAUGCAAAUUUUGUCUUUGAAACUGCAAAUGCUGCAAUUUUGAGGCUUACCAAGGAAAUUGCUUGGAUGGAAGAAGUUUUGGCUGCAGAGUCCUCUUUGCGAGCUGGCCUCCCAACUACUUACGCUGAUUGUGUGUUUGCAAAUGAAAUAAACAUUGCCAUUAGAUCAAGUGAACAGCACUAUAAUGAAUUCAUGUUCAGAGAUGCCCUCAAGGCAGGAUUUUAUGAUCUGCAGGCUGCCAGAGAUGAAUAUAGGUUUUCUUGUGGAGCAGGAGGAAUGAACUGUGAUUUGUUGUUGAGGUCUAUGGAUGUUCAAACAAGACUUAUAACUCCUAUUUGCCCGCACUAUGCGGAGCAUGUAUGGAAGAAUAUCUUGAAGAAGGAUGGCUUUGUAGUGAAUGCUGGUUGGCCAAUGGCAGAUGCCCCUGAUCUUAUUCUCAGAAGAGCUAACAAGUAUCUGCAGGAUUCAAUAGUUUUGAUGAGAAAGUUGCUUCAGAAGCAAGUAUCUGGCCCUAAGAAGGCUAAAAAGGGUGCUCCUGUUACUCCGACAGAGGAAAACAAGUUCACAGUAGGUCUUAUAUAUGUGAAUGAGCAAUAUGAUGGUUGGAAAAAAGAAUGCCUUAGGAUACUUCAAUCCAACUUUGACAGUGCUAAAGGUUCCUUUGCACCUGACCAAGAGAUACAUGAGGCAUUAAAAGGAAGCAUUAUUGGGCAGGAUGCAAACUUUAAGCACAUACUGAAACUCUGCAUGCCUUUCCUAAAGUUUAAGAAGGAUGAGGUGCUCUCAGUUGGUCUUCAGGCUCUAGAUUUGAAGCUGCCGUUUGGUGAAAUUGAUGUUCUCCAGGAGAACUCUGAUUUAAUAAAGCGGCAGCUGGGUCUUGAGCAUGUCGAAGUUUUGUCUUCUUCUGAUGAUGCUGCUCGUAGUAAAGCUGGCCCACACAUCUCAUUGCUAACUCAGAAUCCCCCAUCACCUGGUAAUCCGGUUGCUGUCUUCUUAAGCAAGUCAGAAUUUUCUACAGUUGGUAUUCAGAAUGGAGCUUAAGUAUACUCCGGAGCAAGCAGCUUGUUGUUUGGAGACUUUUAGAGUUGCAGGUAAGGCAGUGCCAAGUCCCAGCUUUUUCAACUGCUGAGCAAUAUUUAAGCUUUUGAUUGCUAGGAUAGUCUUUUUUGAGUAGAAGCAUUCCUGAGGUACUACCUACAAGCCACCUUGCACCCGCUUGUACUAUGUUUUCUUCCUUGGUCUUUUUCUUUGUCUUUUUUUUGGCCUUCAAAAUUUUCUUUUUCUUCUAACAUCUUCUGGAUGAUGUAUAAAUAUUCAGAAUAAA